AUGUUACGAACACAAGUCAUCAAGCUCGCCAGGGCUUCUGCGGCUCCCUCGGUCCGUCGAUCCUUUUCCAUCACGGCCGUGCGAGCUUCUGAGGGAGAUACUGGGGCACCCAGAUAUGGUGGAUCUGCUGCUGGUGAUGCCUUCACUCGACGCGAACAAGCCAGCGAGACAAAGUUCAUCAGAGAGAAAGAAAUGGAGAGGUAUUUUCCCCUGGAGCAGAAGGUCUUUUGUAAGUGGCUGACCUGUGCCUUCGCUUCCAACAACAGUUUGCGAAAAUUGAAGGAGAAACUCGCCCAACAGCGGAAACACCUUGAUGAGCUGGAUGAGCAUAUCCAAGAGUUGGAGAGGGACGCUGCUGGUGAAGAUCCUCAACAUACCAAGGGCAAUUAG